AUGGACUGGACUGGGCAGGUGAGCUUACCAGAAGAUGCAAAUGAGAGGAGGAAGUGGAAGAUGUUGACGACAGCAGAACAGUCAAGCCAUCGGCUGGCUGGUGGCCGCUACCUGUUUUCUGGAGCAUUGUGGGUCAUUCCAGGGGUGGCUCUCUGGCCCCAAUCCAAGGGGCAGAAGAAGGGGCCAGGGCAGGUGUCACCACCCUGAGCACCACCACCUACAAAAACACAUGGAGCACAGCCCAUCUUUUGACCUCAGCCACCCUUCCUGGGAAGCAAACAGUCCAAACCAUCGCUUAUUGUCAAGGAACUAACACGGUCUUAAUAUCUAUAAGCAGGGAUUUAUGAGCAUCCAGUACUUUGGGGGGGCCUCCAGAUGAAAUUGAACGCCUUUUGGGAAGUUUGUUUUCCCAACCGCCACCACGCACACCUCCUUCGGAACCUCAAAAGGAAAGAUACUCUCCCUUUUUUUUUGGUUUAGAGGAUUUAUAGCCUGGGCGACCCUGGGGAAUUGCAGGUGUAAAUAAUCGCUUAGGAAGCUGGUGUCCUUGUUCUUGAUUAAAACAACAGCAACCUGGCUUCUGUCUCUGUUUGUUUUAGAGUAGACAUUUGCAGGGAAACAUUUCGCAAUGCGCUGGGUCCUCUGGGGCGGCCCAAGACGUUUUGCUGCCUGAGGCAGAGGACAAGGGGACACAACCCUACACACAGACACACACACACACACUGUGCAGAAGCUGAUGGGACUAGCAGCUGAAUCCUAUAUCAGCAAUGUUUCAAGAAGCCUGUAUAUUUAUUUUCCUGUUUCAAGAAGCCUUUUGAGCCAAGAUCUGUCCCAAAGUGGCUGGGGAAACCAAGCCAGAUGGGCAGGGUAUUAAUAAUAAUAAUAAUGUCACCAUCUGUAUUGGAAUUCUUUUUAAGAUGUUCAUUAAAAAAACGUUCCUAUUCUAUUGUUUUAUCGCUUGCGGUUGCCAAAUUGGGCACCUUGGGAGCAAGGGCAGAAAAUAAUAAUAAUAAUAAUAAUAAUAAUAAUAAUAAUAAUGAUGAUGAUGAUGCCUGGAACUUCUCUUCCCACCAUCCCCUAAAAUAGGGACUGAUUAGAUCCAAGAAAGAAUUUGACAUUCAUUUGAAAUUUUAACAUUUAACUCCUGGUAUCUCCCCCGCCCAAAUGCCACCACUGAAAUUCAGUGAUGUAGAAGGGAUGGAGAGCUUUGUCACUUUCACCUUAUAUUCUUGCUCUUUCCCCCCCAGUCUUAAGUUCAGUUUGCCCCAUUUUUCACAUUGGUUUACAAUCAUUCAUUUCCUUAAAAAAAAAGAAAAUAAAAAAGCACGCACACAAUUCAUAUGAAUUUUUGCAUGUAUUUCUCCUAAGGGGGACAUUCUGUACACAAUUUCCCCUACUAUACAGUGCAUAAUAAUAAUAAUAAUAAUAAUAAUAAUAAUAAUAAUAAUAUUGUUACAUGUACCCUGCCCAUCUGACUAGGUUACCCCAGCCACACUCUGGGCAGCUUCUAGAAGAAUAUAGAAAAACAAACAAACAAACCAGAACAUCACAAAUUAAAAGCUUCCUGAUCUAGGGCUGUCUUCUGAUGUCUUCAGGAAGUUGUGUAGUUUAUCUCCUUGACAUCCAAUGGGAGGGCAUUUCACAGGGCGGGCGCCACCACCAAAAAGGCCCUCUGCCUGGUUCCCUGUAACUUCGCUUUUCACAGUGAGGGAACCACCAGAAGGCCCUUGGAGCUGGACCUCACUGGGAUGAACACUGGGGAUGGAGAAACUCCUUCAAGAUAGGUAAAGGUAAAGGUAAAGGUAAAGGUAAAGGUAAAGGACCCUUGGAUGGUUAAGUCCAGUCGAAGGUGACUAUGGAAUUGUGACGCUCAUCUUGCUUUCAGGCGGAGGGAGCCAGCGUUUGUCCACAGACAGCUUUCUGGGUCAUGUGGCCGGCAUGACUAAACUGCUUCUGGAGCAACGAGACACCAUGACGGAAACCAGAGCACAUGGAAAUGCCAUUUACCUUCCCACCAGAGCGGUACCUAUUUAUCUACUUGCACUGGUGUGCUUUCGAACUGCUAGGUUGGCAGGAGCUGGGACGGAGAAACAGGAGCUCACCCCAUCGCAGGGAUUAGAACUGCCGACCUUCUGAUCUGCAAGCCCAAGAGGCUGAGUGGUUUAGACCCCAGCGCCAUCCGCAUCCCUUCAAGUAUACAGGAGCUUUUGCAAUUCUCAAUCAUAUUUGCAUUUUGCAAACACUCCCUCCCAUGAAGAUUCCUGUAUGUGAUUGGAGAAAUGUGCCACAGAAUUUUGGAGAAGUACAUGUUUGGAAGAAUAGCCGUGUUUCCAUCACGGCUUGGGAAGUGUGAGAGGAUUCCUACCCCAUUCCUAUGGUGAAGCACAAAACAACAACAACCAAGCAUAUUGUUAGAAGCCAUUUCCAGUCUCCACAGCGGUGCAAGAUUCCAGGGAAUUCUAGGCUUGCUUACCCAGAGUUUGUGUUUCCUUUUGGGAAAACGAGGCACAGUGGAAACUGUGGUGUCUUUAUGAUUUAUAGUUUAUUGACACACAUAUACAACCUGACCCCUUCAUGGAUCACUGCCUUGUCAUGGCGAAGGGGCUUGAAUAACUCAGAGAAGCUAUGAGCCAUGCCGUGCAGGGCCACCCAAGAUGGACAGGUCAUAGUGGAGAGUUGUGCUGGGCCUGGGGGUAACCCGUGCAACGCGGUCCAGGUCCGGUCCUGAAUCCAGGGGUUCCGCGAGGAGUCAGUCCGACAGGGCCAAGGCAGGACACGAGGCAGGAAAGCAGGCAAGGUCAGGCACAGGAUCACAGGCAGGUUCUGGCAAACAGCAACGUUGCUCCUGCAACCUGGGGCGGAGUCCGACAGCCUUUUCUCUCUGUCAGGGUAACGGCUGGUCCUGAACCCCCGGUGACUCACCUCCCUGUCUCGCCCAAAGGCGAGCACUCCUCCUGCGAGUACUCAGGUCUCUUCUUCUCUCAGACCUUAGUCUCUGCAGCUCGGGAGAUGUUGGUGGGUUAUUAGACCCAGAGGCCGCCUCAGCCUUUCCUGACCAAACCGGUAGUGAAGCAGCUGUAAGUGAUGGCCCAGCUGGAGGCAACGAGGUCAUCCCCGCAUCUGGAGCCAGGGCAGGCUCAGGCCCCUGACUCGGCCCAGCUGGUGCUUGUUGCAGGGGGACCUGUGCAGACUGGGACUCUUCAGGAUCAGGCCCCAGACUUGGUUCAGCUGUCGCCUGAGGCAAAGGAUGCGGUGCAGACUGAGACUCCUCUGGUUCCAAGUCCGAGCCCGAGUCCCAGGCCAUCACAGGAGUUUAGACUAAAUGUGAUCCACCUGGAGAAGGAACUGGCAAACCACUCCGGUAUUUUGCCCAGAAAACCGCAUGGACAUAAAAAAACGAGAAGAGUUGAGAAGAAAGCAAGAGUUUCCAAGGCAUGCUCUGGUUCAUGGGGUCACAGAGAGUCGAAAACGACUAAGACGACUAAACACCAACAACACACAACCUGAGCCUACGAUGGAGGGACUCACACCAUUGAGCUCCAAGAGGGUCCCAUUUCUCCCAUGGCUGCUGCCUCCGAUUCCAACUCUUGUGUUUGAAUCCUGCUUGUGUUUUUUCCACUUUCAGAACAGCUUGCUCAGCUAGACGGGCCAUUGGCCUAAUCCAGCAGCCUCUUCUGAUGUUCUGGUGUUCUUACCUGGUUCAGCAUUUCCUUCUCACAAACCCCCAAGCAGGACCUGCAAACCACAGGCCAUCAGAUUUAAUUUAGAACAGUUCCCCUGUGCAUUGACUGUUUCCCUGCAAAUUCAGCCCAGCUCUUGAUGUGCUUCCUGUUCACCUGUCAAGGGCCGACUUUUGCAGCAGGGUUGAUUUGGUUGCCAACACCCGAUCAGCAGGAUCAGGCCAUACGUUCACUGCCAAACAUCAAAGGAAACGACGUGCUCCUUUUUGAUCGACACCGCUGCUGUUCCUUCAGCAGAUGUACACUAACAAGUAUCUUAAAUGCGCAACUCCCUUCCCCGCCACUUUGUGUGCGUGUGUGACUUAAUCACUGUUGAUGUUUAAUGGAAGAUCAAAACAAAGUAGUGCACUAAUUUGUUUAUGCACAGGGAGUUAAUUACGACAUCAAAACACAGGCAUACAAUGGGGCUGUGGUUCCGAAUAUUCCAGUGUGAAACAUGCAUCUUGUGCAAGGGCCAGUUCAGCCUUUUCUUUGGACCAAUGAGGACUGGAAUCUUGCUUUUGUUUUAUUUUUUUAAGCUCAGUGGCACAGUGCAUGCUUUGCUUGCAGAAGGACUUAGGGUUCAGUUCAGGGCAGGAUUUAGGUUUGAUGAGGCCCUCAGCUCCUGAAGGUAAUGGGGCCCUUUAUAUGUCCGGUUGUCCUUUGUCAACACAACAAAUUGCCGCUGUUUUUUGUGUUGAAUAUAUGCUGUAUGGUCAUUGAUGGGCCUAAUAGGUAUCUAGAGCCAUUUGCACAUAACAAAAUAUGUAUUUUUAUCAAAGUAAUUGUUGAACUGAAAUACACUUAAGAAGAAAUAUAUUAAUAGUGAAAUAAUUAUUCAGCUCUAACUUAAAAUGAUUUUUUAUUCUUAACAAACUUAAUAAUGCAAACACAUUGGCAUUUGGCAAUAACAAAAGUUCCUUUAGAAACACAAUUUACAAAGACUCAUAAUCUGGUCUCUAUAAACUUGCUUUAAUAUGAAAUAGUAAUAGCAAACCAGUGAUAUUUUAGGGAGCAGGCUAGCAGGUGAGGACAAUUACUUACAUCAUAGGAGCCUAUGCAACACAAAACACUGUUGCUGUAUGUAGGUUUUAUUUAAUUUGUUUUUUUAUCUUAUAUUUUGGAAAUGUAAAUCCAGUUGUUGUUUUUUUAAUUUUUUGGGGGGGCCCCAAGAGAGUGGGUCCCUAAGCUAUAGCUUGUUUAGCUUAUAAGUAAAUCCGGCACUGGUUCAGUUCCUGGCAUCUACGCGUAGAGAUGGGGAGUGACUCCCUACCUGACACCCUGAAGUGUUGCUACCCUGUUAGUGUAGACAACAUGGAACUGGGUGGAAGAUAGAGCCAGCUUGUUUUCUUUUGCUCUGGAAGGUGGGAACCAAACCAUUGGAUCCAAGUAAGAAGAAAGGAGGAACAGAUUGAGGUUAAAUCCUGACAAGACAGAAGUACUGUUUUGGGGGGACAGGAGGCGGGCAGGUGUGGAGGACUCCCUGGUCCUGAAUGGGGUAACUGUGCCCCUGAAGGACCAGGUGCGCAACCUGGGAGUCAUUUUGGACUCGCAGCUGUCCAUGGAGGCGCAGGUCAAUUCUGUAUCCAGGGCAGCUGUCUACCAACUCCACCUGGUACGCAGGCUGAGACCCUACCUGCCCACAGACUGUCUCGCCAGAGUGGUGUAUGCUCUAGCUAUCUCUCGCUUGGACUACUGCAAUGAGCUCUACGUGGGGCUACCUUUGAAGGUGACCCAGAAACUACAACUAAUCCAGAAUGCGUCCGCUAGACUGGUGACUGGGAGCAGUCGCCGAGACCACAUAACACCGGUCUUGAAAGACCUACACUGGCUCCCAGUAUGUUUCCGAGCACAAUUCAAAGUGUUGGUGCUGACCUUGAAAGCCCUGAAUAGCCUCGGCCCAGUAUACCUGAAGGAGCAUCUCCACCUUCAUCGUUCUACCCGGACACUGAGGUCCUCCUUCGAGGGCCUUCUGGCGGUUCCCUCCCUGCAAGAAGCCAAGUUACAGGGAACGAGGCAGAGGGCCUUCUUGGUAGUGGCACCUGCCCUGUGGAAUGCCUUCUCACCAGAUGUCAAAGAGAACAACAACUCCAAACAAGAUGAAUUUUAACAGGGAGAAAUGUAAAGUAUUGCACUUGGGCAAAAAAAAUGAGAGGCACAAAUACAAGAUGGGUGACACCUGGCUUGAGAGCAGUACAUGUGAAAAGGAUCUAGGAGUCUUGGUUGACCACAAACUUGACAUGAGCCAACAGUGUGACGCAGCAGCUAAAAAGGCCAAUGCAAUUCUGGGCUGCAUCAACAGGAGUAUAGAAUCUAGAUCAAGGGAAGUAAUAGUGCCACUGUAUUCUGCUCUGGUCAGACCUCACCUGGAGUACUGUGUCCAGUUCUGGGCACCACAGUUCAAGAAGGACACUGACAAACUGGAAUGUGUCCAGAGGAGGGCAAUCAAAAUGGUCAAAGGCCUGGAAACGAUGCCUUAUGAGGAACGGCUAAGGGAGCUGGGCAUGUUUAGCCUGGAGAAGAGGAGGUUAAGGGGUGAUAUGAUAGCCAUGUUCAAAUAUAUAAAAGGAUGUCACAUAGAGGAGGGAGAAAGGUUAUUUUCUGCUGCUCCAGAGAAGCGGACAUGGAGCAAUGGAUCCAAACUACAAGAAAGAAGAUUCCACCUAAACAUUAGGAAGAACUUCCUGACAGUAAGAGCUGUUCGACAGUGGAAUUUGCUGCCAAGGAGUGUGGUGGAGUCUCCUUCUUUGGAGGUCUUUAAGCAGAGGCUUGACAACCAUAUGUCAGGAGUGCUCUGAUGGUGUUUCCUGCUUGGCAGGGGGUUGGACUCGAUGGCCCUUGUGAUCUCUUCCAACUCUAUGAUUCUAUGAUUCUAUGAUUCUACCAGAUUUUUAGAAGACAUCAAGGCAGCCCUGUUUAGGGAAGCUUUUAACGUUUAAUAGCAUAUUGUAUUGUGUUGGAAGCUGCCCAGAGUGGCUGGGGAAACCCAGCCGGAUGGGCAGGGUAUAAAUAAUAAAUUAUGAUGAUGAUGAUGAUGAUGAUGAUGAUGAUGAUGAUGAUGAACUUUCUGACAGUAAGAGCUGUUUGACAGUGAAAGGUUGUGGACUUUCCUUCCUUGGAGGUUUUUAAGCAGAGGUUGGAUGGCCACUUGUCAUGUAUGAUCUAGUUGAGGUUCCUGUCUUGCUGGGGUUGGACUAGAUGACCCCCGGGUCCCUUCCAACUCUACAAUUCUAUGAUAUGUGGAAUAAGUAUUUUAUACAAUCCCAGACAAUUGGUUCAUUUGUCUCAGUACUGUCUACACUGAGUGGCCCUCCUUGGGUUUAGGCAGGGGUCUCUCCCAGAUUUACCUGGAGAACUUUGGGUAUUCUGCUUUUGCGUGUCGAGCUCCCCAGGGCCAGCCCAAUAACUCACACAUCACACAGAAUUUUUUGUUUAAGGUUUUUGGUAUAAUUUUGGCCACAACUUUAUUAAAAUACAAACAUGUGAGUGCUUAGGCAUUGGUUGCGACUAUCUGCCCCCACCGUGGGGGACAACUGACAUUCCGCACGCCUGCGAAAGUCAGAAAAGGGGAAUACAGAAAAGGGGGGGCUAGCGACGGAGCAGGGAACCUGCCCUCAGCCCUCCCCAAAUGCAGCCAGGAGCUCUUGCAGUGGCCCAAGCCCCCUUGACAGGGUGGACAAGCAAUAGUUAGCCCCCGAUUCCUUUAAUGGAAUUCCCUUGCAGCAGCAGCAGCAUUAGAGGGGCAGGCACAGCCAAUCCAUGCCCCUCCACCAACCAAACCAUAAACCAAUGCCUAACCGCAACCUUACAAGUGGUGACGAUUUGCUACGCAGUAGGCAAAAACCAAAUGGCCCCAGCCAAUCAGCCAGAUGGACAAAAUUCCUACCGGGCCCCUGCCCUAAGAGCAGACGACCCCAUGUCAGGCAUAGCAAGGUCAAAGCGAACAACCCUAAUUCUAGGGAGGGGGGGAUGGGCAAACUGAUGCACGGUCGAAAAGAGGAAGCCCUAGCCUUGUGCAAGGAGUUUUAGCAUUUAUGGCUGUCAAUCAACAAAUGGCAACAUUAACUUCUUCCCAACAACAAGGGAAGCCCAAUCGCAUCAGUGGCCAGCGAUCAAUUAGCCCACCCCACAACUUUGGAGUGUCUUGGCGACCUCCACCACAACACAUGCUCUCCAUGAAGGAGAACACGCUUUAACACUUGGCAAUGCCCUUUCCCCAAACAUUUAGCUACCCCGCAACACCGCUGUGUGACACCAAGUGCCUUCAAAACCCAGGGAAGUCUUUUGGAGCUGCCUGGAAGUUGCCCAGCCCUGUUCAGGAUGAGUCCCUUGAUGGCAGCGUCUUCUUGCCUCUAAUCUCGAAACUAAAGGCAGUCUUGAUUGCAACCCUAAGCAGGAGCUAAACAUAGUUUCUCUCCUAAUCUCUCGGGAUCAGUUCAUUUUAUCUCCCCGCUUAAUUGAAUGAAUGAGAAAUUAGAUAAAACUUUGCAGAGCAAAUCUUUCAGCAAACGUGGGCGGAAGAAUAUUCGGCAGGCUCUCUGCAUGCUCACAGCUGCUCCUUUGUUUUGCGGGAAGUGUGGGGGUUUGAUUUAAUGCAAGUCCUGCUACACACUUCCAUCCCUAUUAAUUCUAUUGUACAUAUUAAAUGUCCUCCUUGCAGAAGGGGAGACCAAAAACAAAUAGCAUGUGUUUUAAGUGUACGCCGGAGAAGAGAGCACCAAUAUUUCUUCCCCCGAAAAGCCCUCUGUGGUUUAAGGAUGUAAAACUCUCCACUAAAAAGGAUUUUGAUUUAGAGGGAAAGUGAUCGCCUUGAAUCGGGCAAGUGCUCGGGGAAUUUCCGAAGGGGAUUAGGGAGAAACUCGGGGAAGGAGGAGGAGGAGGAGGAGGAGGAGGAGGAGGAGGAGGAGGACCAAACUGUAUGGUUUGGGAGCCCUGUAGACAGAGCCUGAUGUCAGAACAUCAGCGCUGCCCUCUGCCUCAUGCAAGUUCUGUUCUUUUGCGGGGGGCUCUUUGUGUGUGUGUGUGUGUCAAAUCGUAGAAUUGAAGAGUUGGAAGGGACCCCAUAGUUCAUCUAGUCCAACCCCCUGCACUGCAGCCCUCCAGACCUCUCCCCAGGAACUCUACUCAGGCCACAACCCUCCCUGGUUUUGCUCUGUGCCCGCAUGUGAGUGCUUUUGUAUCACUGGGAUCCUUGAAAGCCCUAAACGGUCUCAGCCCAGUAUACCUGAAGGAGCAUCUCCACUUCCAUUGUCCAGCCCAGACACUGAGGUCCAGCGCCAAGGGCCUUCUGGUGGUUCCCUCGCUGCGAGAAGGGAGGUUACAGGGCACCAGGCACAGGGCCUUUUCAGUGGUGGCAUCCGCCCUGUGGAACGCCCUCCCAUAAGAUGUCAAGGAAAUAAGUAGCUAUCCUAUCUUUAAAAGACACCUGAAGGCAGCCCUGUUCAACUACAGUGAUACCUUGGGUUAAGUACUUAGUUAGUUCCGGAGGUCCGUUCUUAACCUGAAACUGUUCUUAACCUGAGGUACCACUUUAGCUAAUGGGGUCUCCCGCUGCCGCCGCGCCGCCAGAGCACAAUUAGAAUAAUCAUAAAGGAGAAGAGGUUAGUUAAUGAAAGGAGUUAAUACUAUUAGAAAUAUGAAACUGGAGAACUGUUAUACAGGUGAUAUAAUGAAAUUCAGAUAGAGGGGAUUCGAGGAAGUCAGUUACCAAUGUUUUAAGUAUCUGAAGUAAUAAUUCUCUUACGUGUUUAUCGUCUUCGUUGUGUGUUUUGUCAUGUUUUUUCUUUUUUCUGUGUGAAAAAUUUGGAAAAUCAAUAAAAAAUUUUUUUGAAAAAACAAAACAAAACAUGGAAGAGGUGCUGGAGGACAAUGCAUGGCUAGAUGGGCUAUGCAAGGACCUCUCCGCUUCCAUGUCCUGUUUUCCUCUCUGGUCCGAUUUCUCCUCCCGCUCCCUCACACCUUUCAGGAAGAAGGCAGCUCCUCUUGGCAGACAGCUUCGCGGAAGACCGGCGGAGGUCUUAUUCAUCCAAAAGCAAGCCCAGCUCAAUGGGAAGGAAAGCCCUCUGCCAAACCUCUGAGGAGCAACAGCCAUCUUCUGGCCAGUCGGCCUGCAUUCGCGUUGGCACCCUGUCGUAGCCUUCAGGUCCAGAUUCUGCUGGCUUCCGCCGAUGUCGCCUGCUGGAGAGGUCACCCUCGCCGGUGGAAUUCCUUCCAGGUUAGCAGCUGAGCACACCAGGCAACCUCGUCUGCUCGCUGGCACCCGCCGUCUCCGGAAGAACCCAGCUGGAACGGAGCUUGCCUCCCCGUGCCACCAGGCCAGCUUGUGGUGGCAUUUUGCAAGCCAAAGCGCUCAAAUGAGUUGCACGCGCAGGAGAAAUAAAAGAGGAGGCCUCCUCCCCUGCUUGGUUUGCAGGAAGGGCAAAGAGGUGCCCGGUUCCUGCUCUGUGAACUGGGCGCACUUUGCAAAGGAAAAUCUGAGAGCCAGCUUAUCUGCCCAACGAUGCAACAACAUGCAAUGCCCGGGAUAUCAGAUGGCGAAGCAGUCUGUCCAAAACCUGAGAUGCUCUGCUGGAUGGGUGUCUGA